UGGCCUAGUAUUUUGCAGCGUAAAGUGACACGUUGCAGGCAGUAGCAUGUGUGAGAGACGAGAUGAGAAUAGAAUCUGCCACCGACAUUUGACAGUUGCGACCAGCUAACGUGCGCAUCAAUCACUACUAAGUACUAACUGUCUCUUCUUCUUCUUCUUCUUCUUCUUCCAUUUCCACUUCUACUAGGGUUUCCGUCUGUUCCCGAAUGACUCUUCAAUUUCGUAAUGUGAGAUGAGACGCCGCCCCGUCGCCACCAUUCUCACCAAUCAAAUGGAUAAAUCGUCAAACAAGAAUCACUAUUCUCGUAUCUGCUUCCUCGCUUCUCUCUCUGCUUUCUUCUGGUUCUUACUCCUCUACUUUCACUUCAUCAUCCUCCCCCAACAACAACACCAAUCCUCUAUUAACAACCAACAACAAAUUCCUCGCAUAACCACCGAUCCAUGUUCAGGUAGAUACAUUUACGUCCACGAUCUUCCAUCCAGGUUCAACCAAGACAUGUUACGAGACUGUAAAACCUUGAGUCUUUGGACCAACAUGUGCAAGUUCACCACCAAUGCAGGUCUAGGUCCACCUCUUGAAAACACCGACGCAGUUUUCUCCGAUACCGGCUGGUACGCUACCAAUCAGUUUGCCGUUGAUGUCAUCUUCGCCAACAGGAUGAAACAGUAUGAAUGCUUGACUCAUGAUUCUUCCAUUGCUAAUGCUAUUUUUGUACCCUUUUAUGCUGGAUUUGACAUUGCUCGUUAUCUUUGGGGUUACAAUAUUUCAAUGAGAGAUGCUGCUUCACUUGAUCUUGUUGAUUGGCUAGUGAAGAGACCCGAAUGGGGAUUCAUGAAUGGGAAGGAUCAUUUUCUUGUUGCGGGUAGGAUUACUUGGGAUUUUAGAAGAUUAUCUGAGAUUGAAUCUGAUUGGGGUAACAAGCUUUUGUUUUUACCUGCUGCUAAGAAUAUGUCUAUGCUUGUGGUUGAAUCUAGUCCUUGGAAUGCCAAUGAUUUUGGGAUUCCUUAUCCUACUUAUUUCCACCCUGCAAAAGAUGAAGAUGUGUUUCUUUGGCAGGAGAGGAUGAGGAGGUUAGACAGGAAAUGGCUUUUCUCUUUUGCUGGCGCGCCGCGUCCCGAUAACCCCAAAUCAAUUAGGGGUCAGAUAAUUGAGCAAUGUAGGAGAUCCAAAGUUGGUAAGCUUUUGGAAUGUGAUUUUGGGGAGAGUAAAUGUCAUUCUCCUAGUAGCAUAAUGCAGAUGUUUCAGGGGUCCCUCUUUUGUCUUCAACCUCAGGGUGAUUCUUAUACAAGAAGAUCUGCUUUUGAUUCGAUGCUUGCUGGUUGUAUACCUGUCUUUUUCCAUCCGGGUUCGGCGUAUACGCAGUAUACUUGGCAUCUUCCUAAGGAUUAUAAUAAGUAUUCGGUAUUCAUUCCCGAGGAUGAUAUUCGAAAGAGGAAUGUUAGUAUAGAGGAGAGACUUAGUCAGAUACCUGAGGAGAAAGUGAGGAUCAUGAGAGAGGAGGUGAUUAGUCUUAUUCCUAGCUUAGUGUACGCUGAUCCUCGCUCUAAAUUAGAGACUUUGAAAGAUGCUUUUGAUGUUUCUGUAAAAGCUGUGAUUGAUAAGGUUACCAAUUUGAGGAAGGAUAUUAUCGAAGGUCGCACGGAUGAAAAUUUCAUCGAGGAGAACAGUUGGAAAUAUGCAUUGUUGGAUGAGGGACAACGUGAGGUAGGACCUCAUGAAUGGGAUCCUUUCUUUUCUAAACCCAAGGAUGGAAAUGGGGAAUCGAGCGAUUCAUCUGCUGAAGUUGCGAAAAAUUCUUGGAAAAAUGAGCAAAGAACUCAAUCGUGAUUUGCAACGGGUUGGUACAAAGUUUCGUUCUGCUGGCUGCAGGUUUCUGAAAUGUUGUUUAGAGCAAGAUUCUAUUGAUUCCCCUGAAUUAGGGAAAACAUGAAUUGCAGCUACAAAGUAAUUGAUGAGGUCUUGCUAUCAACUAAGUGCAGAACUUGUACUAUCAAUUGAAAACCCCCAGCAUGGAGAGAUAUUCACUGCUUGUUACAGUUUUGUUACAUAAAUUCUUUCUGGUUUCUGCAUUUUGUAUUUUCCAUAGUAUAGUGCUUUGUAGAUGUAUUUUUCAAGGUUUAAUAAUUUCCCUCGAUACGAUGUAUUUGUUCACUUGAUUCAUAUAGGAAAUAUAAACAAAUUAUAUGGCUAAUGGUUUCAGUUGAAUUGCUCACUUGAAUGGUCUGUACUCAAUAUCAUUUAGCUGCUGCAUCAGACUCCUUAGGUAUGUGUAGAUAAAGCCAGGAGUUUCUUUGCAAAAGAUUCUUUCGACAUGUUAUGGAAUGAUUUUGGGUGGGAUAUUCAUAUCAUACAGUGUUGUAUUUGCUUAUUAUAUGGCAAUGCUGAAUAUUUGGCAAUGUUAAUAUUUU